GCUGUGUGCAGAUAAUGUGAUGUUUGGCGCGUCUGUAAAAUAUGUAAUGUUGCGAAAUAUGAUUUUUGUUGUGAUGCUGCUAACGUCUAUGCCGCUAAGUAACACGAUUAAAAUAUUGUCUAAUAUGAAGUGAACCCCAUGUCCUCGGUCUGUAUAUGUAUGAUUUGUAUGUACUCCGUUCCUAGCCCGGGCUGGUCUUGUCCUUGUACGCUGAUGGCCACUCUAGCGGUGUAUUUUAGAAUCAAAUGUGGCAUGUAGUUGCGGAUUUCAUUUUAAUUUCGUUAUGCGUUACCGGUAUUUUAGACAAGCUGACUGCGAUAUUGAGAUGUAUAUAUGACCACAUAAGUUUAAAUGUGUUAUGAACGUACUUAUGAUCAUCUCGUCCUAAAACAUUCAGAACUGAAAGGUAAAUAGAUAGUUUUGGUGUGAAGUUCUCCUGACGACCGAUAGAUGGCGCGAGUGUACCUAAAGCCCCAAAAUGGGAGUCAUUGACAUAAUGGCUGUGCAGGUUGCUUGUGAAUAACACUACAUGUUAAAAGUUACGUGUACUAGUGGCGGGAUUUGUAUUUUUAAUUUAUAGGUUCAAGAGGAGUAGCAGAUUGAACAUGGGUGAUUUGUUUAUCCAGAUAACUGAAUCCAUUUGACGUGGUUGGGCUGUAUAAGUGAAUGCCAAGAUAGUGUGACAUGGCUGAGUCCUGUAUUUCUGAGAUUGGGACUGCCCAAAGAUGACUUCUUUCUUCAUAAUAAUGUGGAUUCAGCCCAGGGUACGGAUAAUUGAGUGGCAUUGUUCACCAUGUGUCAACACCAUCCCUAUCUAGCAUCACAUGGAUGGGAUCUAGAGGGCGUAUAUUCAGUGUUAUGCUAUUAACAGCAUAAGUUAACCGUUUAGGAAAAACUAGGCAGUGUCUGCACAGGGCAAGCAUGAACACAGGUUUGAAGCAGUUCAUCUUACGAUCAAGUCAGUGAGGAAGGAAUUGAUUUUACAACAAGGACGUAUAUUAUGUUUUUCAUGUUUAUUUGUGGUAUACACUUUGUUUGCGGAAUCCAAAGAUGACACUACCCCAGCAGCUUGAUUACCAAGUAACAGGUGUCCAUUGUACUUGGGUAUGCUACAGAGCAGCCAGUUGUGUGACACAGAUGAAGAUUGAUUGUUUCCAUUGGUCUGUUUCUUAAAUGACUGGAUCUAAAGCCCCUAAGUAUGGGUGAAAUAGUGUUUAUGACAACAUCAAAAUGAAUGGUGAAAUUCCAAGUGUUCCAAUCACCACUUUGGCUGGCAUAUCAAGUCUAACAGACUUGUUGCCAGAGAUGCCACUUCCUUCACCAUUGCCACAAACAUUGAGUAACAAGUCUCUGCUCUUCCAUCCCCGAGUUGCAGAGGAGGCUCAAAUUCUUCUGAGUGUUCGGGAUGAUGCCUUGGUUCCUCAGUUGAUCCAGUCUCUUGUUCAAACAUCUGCUGAUCAUAUAGAACUUAAAGAUCAUUAUGCUGGCACAGAACCACCUGUGGACCAGCAGCAGAAUAUUCCAGAGCUCUUGAAAGCCAUUCUUCACAGAAAUCCUAGUGUAUUCAAGGGACCACAUGCCAAUUCACCUCGGCAACCUCAUUGGAAUCAAGUGACAGGAUUCAACUCAAAUUAUAACCAGGCUUCUCCUGCAAGCUACGGUCAGGCGUCACCUUCAUAUCCUAGCCCGUGUGGGUCACGAAACACACCACAGGGCAGCCCUGCACCACCUGCUGCAGCACGUCUCCCCCACCAACAUUCUGCAGAAUCUGUGUGUGGCACUGCAGCAAACCAACAGGUGAAGAGUCCAAGACUACAUUGUGGUGCUUUGUCGAAAACAUCACCAGUACUGCCUAUGUCUGCCUCCACAGUUGCUCCCCUUCCUGUGCCUAUAUCAGUGACGGCACCAGUCCCAGUACAAGGGACACCUGGUCGAGUUGCAGUGGACUCUUUAGUGGUACAAAGAGUGUCAGUGAUUACAGAUCAGUCUAAGUUGGUGAAUAAAACCGAUAGCACACAAAGUCACAAUGGUGGUGAAGUGAAUGCUUUUUUUAAUAGCAGACAACAAAGUGUAAAUAAUCAAGUAGGGAAUAGUGAUUGUAUAAGUUCUAGGACAGCAAAUGACUUUGUUGUGAACGAAGAAAAUAACAUGGAUUAUACACUGAGUGGCAAUUUUGGUGCAGGAUUACCAGAGCAGUUGUCAAGGCCUAUGUCAGAGAGUACAUCAGCAUCCAGUAUUCCAAGAACUCACACACCACACAUGGCAGGAUCAUCACCGGCCCAGGCAAGUGUAGCCCCCAUUGCCCAUGAAAAGGAAGAAUCCAGGUUGUUUUGUGGAAAGGAUAAGAAGUCUGUUUCUCUCUCUGACACCAGAUUAAAAGAACCUGUUGUACGGUUAAACAGGUUAACAGCAGAGGAUCAGGCUCUAAUGCAAAGGAGUUUGAGGGAGUUUGCAGAAAAAUCUCCAACUCUUGCAUGCAAAUUAGGAAUUACAUCAAAUCAUAAAAUAUCAAUAAAUGCAAGUCAGCAUCUUCAGACAAUCGAUUCUGGAUCAGACAGUGAAGGAGAACCGAAAAAUAAGUCGAAAUAUUUCAAAGCGAGAGAGAAAGAAAGAGAACUGCAGCGUCAGAAAGAGAAAGAAGAAAGAAAAAAAGUUGUCAUUGCACAUCUGGAUCAUGGAUCAUCUCUUUCUGAAAGGAUAAAGAAAAGAAAAAGAAGUUUUGUAAAUCACAAACCAGAUGAUGCAGUUGAUGAUAGUGCCUCAUGUGAAGAUUUGUCAUACACAACUACUAAAACCAAAUUAAGGAAAGUGGAACGAAAGCUAGUUCCUGUAUUGGAGAAGUUGAGUAUAGAAGAGCUAAUGGAGACUAACACUUACCAAAGGUUUAAUCGUUCCAUAGAAGUGGUACUUGAAAAUACUGAGGAUUUGGAUGUGACUGCCGAAUUAGAUGAGGAAGCUGAUGCUCCAGCAGAAGCAAUGAUUCCAAAGUACCAGUUGCAGGAUUUAUGCAGUGAAGCUGCAAAGCUGAAAACCCUUGGUGCUAUGGAAUCAGUACCUCCAGACAGAUUAGUCAGGUUACUGAACAUACUGGAGAAAAACAUUCGAGAUGGAACCAGAGUGUCACCAAUUGCAGAUCCUGAUGAUGAUGAGGAUGAGAUCAAAAUGUGGAUGGAACUGACAAUGGAAAGAGUGAUGAGGGCGGCAGAUGCUUCACUGACUUCACUGUAUAUCAUGACAUCACCAAACAUGCCAAAAAGAAUUUAUCUAGAGGACAUAAUUGACAGAAUAGUUAUAUUUACAAAAUACCAAUUACAGAAUACAAUUUAUCCUUCAUUUGAUCUUGUAUAUAGGGUAGACCCCAAGAAAGACUUGGGAAGCGGGCGGAAAAAGCGUGCACAUGCCAAAGAAGUACGGGAGAAGAGCAUACUUACAUUGUAUAAUAAACUACAUGAAUUAGUGAGUUUAUUGGCAGAACUUCUCAAUAUCCAGGUACUCACAGACACAGCAGUUCUUCAUGCUUCUUCUAUGGGAGUUGCCCCCUUUUUUGUUGAAAGUGUCAGUGAGCUUCAACUGUCAGCCCUGAAGUUAGUGACCACGAUAUUUACUAAGUAUGAGAAACAUCGGAGGUUACUUUUAGAUGACAUAUUGGCAUCGAUUGCAAGGUUACCAAGUAGCAAAAGGAGUCUCCGAUCAUAUAGAUUAAAUUCUGAGGAGCAUAUUCAAAUGCUAACAGCAUUGGUACUUCAGCUUAUUCAGUGUGUUGUAGUCUUGCCUGAGAGAUUUCAGGCAGAAGGAUCAGAGAAAUCACAGAAUGACGGGAAGGAGAAUGAAGAAGAGAAGAAGGAUAAGUUGGUGAAUGUUGAUCGUGAUGUUUUGAUCAUCAGCAAGUAUGAGACUGCCUACAGAACCGCUGCAAAUUUCCUCUCAGUGUUUUUAAACAAAUGUGGCAGUAAGACAGAAGAAAUUGACUACAGGCCAUUGUUUGAGAAUUUUGUGCAAGAUCUUCUAACUACUGUGAACAAGCCUGAGUGGCCAGCAACCGAACUUUUGUUGAGCUUACUUGGAAAGUUGCUGGUUAGCAACUUUGUGAAUAAAGGCAUAGACAUGUCACUGCGAGUGGCUUCCCUGGACUAUCUUGGGGUAGUAGCUGCAAGGCUGAGGAAGGAUGCUGUUUUGUCUCAACAGAAGUUGAACACCAUUGAUCAGAUAAUCAGUGAGAUCAAGGCAGAAGAGCAGAAGGAGUUAGAAGAUAGCAAUACUGCAGAUAAGAAAGUGGACAGAGGACUUGAAGAGCUUGACUAUGAAGAAGAACGUACGCAAUUCUUGCAACGGGUGUUACUGGACUAUCUAGCUGUUAAUGGGCAAAAUGAUCAAGCACUGACAUAUGCCAGACAUUUCUAUCUAGCUCAGUGGUACUGGGAUGCUGAUGCUGAGAAAAGACGUCCGUCCAGUGGAGGAAAACUUUCUCCCAGCAAACUACUCCUAAGAAAGAAAAAGAUGAGAAAGAAACGGAAAGAUGAAAGCAGUGCAGAGGAAAGUUCAGGAUGUUCAGAACUUGAUGACGAUGAAGAUAAUAAAGUGCCAUGGCAAAGUAAUGAACAUAAGAAUGCCUCACUAUACAGGUUGAUAGAAAUUCGAAAACAGUUCCUUGUGAGCAAGAUUCGGCCAUUUCAGGACAGUGUUGGUGCAGGAAACAGAACUCAAGUUCUGCAAACUUACAUUGAUUAUGAAAGUGCAGAACUUAUUUCACGAUACUUGGCGUCCAAGAGGCCUUUCUCACAAAGUUUUGAUAGGUAUCUUCAGCAGAUACUGUUUGUUCUCACAGAGAGCUCUAUAGCAAUCCGAACCAAAGCAAUGAAAUGCUUGACAAUGGUUGUAGAAGCAGAUCCAGCAGUUUUGGGAAGAAAUGAUAUGCAAAGAGGUGUUCGCCAUUCGUUCUUGGACCAGUCCACAUCCGUAAGGGAAGCAGCGGUAGACCUUGUUGGAAAGUUUGUUCUGAGUCGACCAGAACUGAUUGACAAAUACUAUGACAUGCUUUCAACAAGGAUAUUGGAUACCGGCGUUAGUGUCAGGAAACGAGUGAUCAAAAUCUUGAAGGAUAUUUGUAUGGAAUGUCCAGAAUUUCCAAAGAUUCCUGAAAUAUGUGUGAAGAUGAUUCGCCGAGUGAAUGAUGAAGAAGGUAUUAGGAAACUGGUCAUGGAGGUUUUUCAGAACAUGUGGUUUACACCAAUUAGGGAGCGACCCUCACUUGACUCAGCUGCACUUCUGAGGAAAGUGAUGAAUAUUACAGAUGUGGUAGCUGCCUCUCGUGACAUGGGCCUUGAGUGGUUUGAACAGCUUUUGCUUAGUCUUUUCAAACCAAAGGAGGAUAAAGAAGAUUCAACAAAGACAAAUGUUGAACCUCCAAAGGCCUUACUGACAGCUUGUAAACAGAUAGUGGACUGCCUUAUUGAGAAUGUGCUAAGGUUAGAAGAGACGAGCCUUGUGCAGGAGGAGCAGAGUCAUGGUUCCUCACAGCGCCUAGUGGCAUGUCUCACAACCCUCUAUCUGUUUGCCAAGAUACGGCCUCAGCUCCUGGUGGAUCAUGCGAUAACAUUACAGCCCUACCUCAGUCUCAAGUGCCAGACACAGGGAGAUUACCAGAUCAUCAGCAGUGUUGCUCGAACUUUGGAGUUGGUUGUCCCUUUGAUGGAACACCCAAGUGAAACAUUCCUUGCUCAGCUGGAAGAGGAUUCUGUUAAACUGAUACUACAGCAUGAUCGAACAGUUGUGGCAAGCUGCCUCUCCUGCUUGGGAUCAGUGGUCAAUAAUGUGACACGAAAUUUCAAGCUUAUAAGAGACUGUUUUCUCAAGUAUUAUGGGUUUCUAAGGGACUACAGAAGGGAUUAUGAGAAAGAUCCAACAUUACCUGUGCUGGUUAAAAGCCGUCCAUUUUUCCGAAGAGCUCUUUUCACAGUUGGACUUCUGUUGAGGCACUUCGAUUUUACAGACAAAGAUGUUAUACAGGGACUAGAAGAUGAUAUCAAGGACCAAGUAUGUGACACAUUGGCAUACUUUGUACAGCAGCCCAAUGAAGACAUUCAGUUAUUCACAUUGAAAGCUAUUGGUUCUUUGUGUAUACGUCACUACGAUUUCAUGCUUGGGCUUGAGCUGAAGACACUGUAUCAUCGUCUCCUUACUGAAGAUGAUGCCCCUCUUCAUAUGAGAACACAGGUCUUGAACAACAUAGAAUUAUACCUGCAAGAAGAAGAGAGGCGAAUGAUAAAGCAAGACCAAGAAUGGGCCAAAUUAUCAAAACAGGAGAAUCUGAAGGAAAUGGGGGAUGUAUCAUCAGGAAUGGCAAGCACAGUUAUUCAGUUGUACCUGAAAGAAAUUCUUGAGUCUUUUCUUCAUCCAAAUGUUGGUGUUCGGCAAGCGGCCCUCAAAGUUAUCCAACUGAUCUUACAGCAGGGUUUGGUUCAUCCUGUACAGAUUGUGCCAUACCUGAUAUGCAUGAGUACAGAUGUGGAGAAAGUUGUAAGUCAUAGUGCUGACAAACAGCUACAAGAUAUUGAGAAAAAGUAUCCAGGUUUUAUUCAUAUGAAGUCCCAGUCAGGGAUCAGACUGUCUUACAAACUGCAGAAAAUUCUACAGUCAGAUAGUUCAGGGAUUGUCCGUGGCUACAGGGUCCGGGAGGGGGAGUUUCCUGGUGCCCUGAAUGGAUUUCUGUACUCAAUUUUGAGAAACACAAAGCAACAAAGGAGAGCUCUAGUUUUGUCAGUCCUCAAGCAGUUUGAUGAACAAGUGAAAACCAGCCUAUCCCAGAUGCUUUAUCUAUCAGACAACUUGGCCUACUUUCCAUACCAAGUACAAGAUGAACCUCUUUUCAUCAUUCACCACAUAGACAUUAUGAUCUCAGUAUCUGGCACUAAUCUUCUCCAGUCUUUUCGUGAGGCCCUUCUUCCUGGUACAAACACAAGUCAGGAAGCCAGACUGAAUCCUGAAACAGGAGCUACUGAAUUGGUUUAUCUUGAGGAAGAGGAUGAUGAUGAGGAUGAAGAAGUUCUUUUGGGUAGGGUUCCAGAUGACACCACAGUACUUCAGGAAUGUAUUACAGCAUCACAAGGGUGCUUACUCUUGUUAGUCCUCAAACAGCAUCUAAAAGAUCUAUAUGGCAUUAGUGAUGCGAAAAUUACCCAGUAUUCACCUUCAGAAUCUGCAAAAGUGUAUGAGAAGACUGUGAAUCGCCGCAGUAAUUCCUCUUUUGAUCCAAAAGCAACAUUACAGAAGCUUCGGCAAGGCUCUCCUGCAAGUGUUUUGGAUGAAACUGCAAGAAGAGCGUUAAUAGAACAAUACUUGGAUUUCAAGCAGCUUAUGUUGAAGUUUGACCCAGAUGAUCCAGAUGAUGAUGAACCCAGUGGGCCACCACCAAAAGUCACAAUCAAAUUAGGAGGGGAUGAUAUGCGACCAUCUGAGCCAGCUGAUGCUGGAUGUGAUCAAGGCAUACCUGAUAAAUCUAGGCAACACAUGCAACAUGAACAGCAGAAGGUACAGGAAAUUCCUCAGAGAGUACCAAAGCUGACUAUUGUACCUCCACGCCCACCAGAGGUGAAAGACACGCGACACCAUCGGUCACAUAAGACUCAUAAACCUGAACGGCACAAAAAGCAUAGGCAUAAAAAGAAGAGGAAGAUGGUUGAAGACAGUGAGGACAGUGGUAAUGAAUAUAGUGAUCCAGAAUUCCUUGUGUAAGUUGUGUAUUAUUUGAGUAAAUGAACAGUGCGUAAUAUGAACCAGGUUCUUUGAAGUGUUGGUGCAUUGGUGCUGGAACAAAGAAAGAAAUAGACCUAUAUGGAAUGUAACAGAUUUUCCACUUACAGACACCGAAGUAUUGGUUACUUCAUAUGUGCAAUGGAUUGUUCAAUAUUUAUUUCUAGCACAAAAUAAACAAAGCCCUUAAUGUGAAAAGUAAUUUAUUUGAAGAAGGUAUUAUAAGACAUGGAAAACAAGCAUAUAAACAGAAUGAAGUGUUAUCCGAGGUGUUAUAGAGACCCUCCUGUGCAUCAUCACUUCCAUGAAAGUAAUCAAGAAAUGUGUGUUUGGGCAACUUGAAAUAUUGCACAGCAAGUUUUCUCAGAUGUACAAAUCUUACUUUAUAAUGCUAAGCAAUAUAGUAGAGAAGUGUGGGCUAAACAACAUAUGGUAAUGAAACUGAGUGGAUCGAGUCUUUAUACUUGUCUCGAAGACUCGGUAUUUAUUUUUAAAGCUUGCAAAAAAAUUAAUAAUAAAAGUAACUUCUUUCUAGGAAAGAGAACAAAUUUAUAAAAUUAUGAAAGUCUGUAUAGCUCCAUGCACAGAGUUGUGACUGUUUUCUGUAUGUUAAUGUAUAUGAAAAUGAAAUCUAAUAGCCUUAAUGGCACCAAGAAAUUUGUAAAGUAAACCAUGUGUAAUGUUAAUGAUCAAACAAGUUACAUUGUGUUGAGACCACCAUGGCUACAAUGUUUUAAGCUUUGGUUUAGGUUUUAUUGUUUUCUCAGAUGUAAUAUGUAUUCAUUUCAAUGGUCAUCAUCAGUGAACUGCAAAAUGGACAUGUUCAGAGGUCAAAUGAGUUUGCUUUUUCAAGCAUCUCAUUUCUAAUAUAUGCAUUUCAUAAAGACCCACAAAGAAAACACAGAGUUUUAAGUAGGGUGGUUUUAAAUCAAAUAUAAAUAUUGAUAUUCAUUAAUUUAUUUGUCAUAACCUUUUUUCUAUAAAAGCAUUGCUGAAAUAAAAUUGUGUUAAAGUAAUUAUACAUAUGUACUUUUGUCAUUUGUGGGAUACCUCAGUCUUUAAACCUAUCCAUACAAAUAUAGGAUGUGGAAGUAGAAAUAAUAUUUUCUCAAAUACUGUAUCCUGAUCCCCAGAGUGUUAUGAGGUGUUGUGGGGAUAUGAGCAAAUACAUUUGUAUAAAGAGGAGACUAAAUAGAAUGUGAUAUUAAACAUUCAUACAUUUAUGAAAAAGAAAUGCAACAAUUAAUUCCAUUACAUCUGUACAUUUAUUUAAUUGUGGAUUGUAUUUUUAAAAAUGACGUUUGUUGCAUGUUAGAAAAAUGCAGUGUUUUGACAUAAUCUAUUUUAUUAUUAAAUGAAAAUACCAUCACAUGUAAAAUGAGGAUGCACAGUGCAAGAAAUGUCAUUAUGUAAGGGGAUAUGAAGAAAGAUAAUAACAAGGUCACCAGUCUGAUAUACAGUGAAAAUUUGAUGUCACAUACUGCCUACAACAUGAACUUUUAUAAAAAUAUUAUGUAAUGAAUCUUCAUAAUGUUAAAUGCACAGAAGUCCUUCUGUAAUGGUGAGUUGGUUGCCAUUCAUUUUUUCUUCUACCAAUCUCCUAUAGUUGCAUUGCAAAUGUAAAACACUCCAAUUUCAUGUUAAUCUUCAAAAUUACUUCUUUACAUUAGCCAUAACCUCCCACUAUAUUGUUGCUGUUAUGUCAUUCUGGAAGGUCAUGCUAAAUUAACUAUGGCAACAGUUUUCAUUGAGAGGUUAUACAGGACUCAGCCAUCAGUGUGGCAGGAAUAAAAAGAAGAUAUUAUCACAAGAGAAGUUUACUGUCUGAUUUGGACAGCUGAUGUAGGAGUUUGUCAGAUAUCAGAAUACUCUCACAAAACAUGCGCACAUGCUGUGUAAUCCAUGCAGUCCUUGAAGGAAGAGAUGGGUAAUACAGAUUUCAUUAUGCACAUUUUCAGACAUUCUUGUGAAAUUAUAAAAAGUGGGGUAUCUUUCUCAAUGCCCUAGUUUUAGAACUGUGUAGCUCAACUUCUUUGGUAACUUAGACUGUAGCUUUAUUUUGGUCACUUUAUGUAAUGCCGUCUGAGAGAGACUUGAGCAGUCACAAUAGCAUUUGGAUAAUGCUCGGUCUCUUGUAGGAUGUAGGUUAGCAUUUUUGCUCCAUUGCACCCUCUUCAGGCUCUGAGGGUACACAUUUGAAAUUGUACUAUAUACAAUGCAGAGUUGAUUUUUCUGACCCUUCCUCCCUUUAUAUAUAUGUGUGCAGGUGGAAAUUGUGAUAUAAUUUUAAACAUAAUUUCAGAUGGAACAGAAAGAAAGGGCUUUUGUUGUGUUAAGUGUGAUUUUUAAGCUUGUUUCAAUUUUAUUACUAAUUGUACAGUCUUACAUAACAUAAAUUGCAGUUCAUUAACUGCCAUCAGUGCAACAUUCCUAUCUGACUCACACUGUGAGUAAAGCUGGUGUUCAAGAGUUCAUGCCAUUGCAGAUUGGAGUAAUAAUCGAAAGGGUGGAGGAAAGGAGUGAAUAAAAGACAUUUUCUCAGUC